AUGAAAGAAGAGUCACGAUACAGGCUCAUCGAGAGCAAAGUCAGUGCAGGAGAAAACAUCUACCCGUACGACUUUAAGGAAACCCACCAAAUCGCAGAGAUACUGCAGUACGUGCGAGACCAGAAAAUUACGCCGGAGAAUUCCGCAGAGUCUCUCGCCCUGGGCCCCGUGAGAACAGCAGGCCGAGUCCUUGCCGUUAGAACAAUUGGGAAGAUCUCGUUCAUAAAAAUAGAGUCUGAGAGUGCUUCUAUACAGGUUAUUUCCAGGGAAAAGUUGAAGGACCUUUUCCGAGGAGACAUUCUCGGAGCCUCCGGAGAGAUCGGGUUCAGCAAGAAGGGAGAGCUCAGCGUCCUCGCAAGCUCCGUCCAAGUCCUUGCCCCGUGUCUCCACACGUUCCCAACGGAGCACUACGGCCUGAAGGAGACUGAGGCCAGGUACAGGCAGAGAUACCUGGAUCUUGUCACGAAUAAAAGUACCCUGAAAACUUUUAAAAUCAGAAAUCAGGUAAUUUUCCAUAUUAGGAAAUAUCUCAACGGAAAAAAUUUCAUGGAGGUAGAAACCCCAAUGAUGCACAUCAUCCCAGGAGGAGCUGCUGCGAAGCCCUUCAAAACAACCCUCAACGAAAUGAGCAUGGACCUUACGAUGAGAAUCUCCCCAGAGCUCCACCUGAAAACCCUCCUCGUGGGAGGCCUCCCAAGAGUCUACGAAAUCGGGAAACAGUUCAGAAACGAGGGAAUGGACGCAACCCACAACCCAGAAUUCACCACGUGCGAGUUCUACAUGGCAUACGCAGACUAUAAUGACGUCCUGGAAAUGACAGAGGAAAUGAUCAGCGGAAUGGUGGAAAGCAUCUUCGGAAAGACCGUUAUAGAGUACUACGUAGAUGAAGAGUCGCAAAUUGGAAAAACAUCCCACGAGGGAGGAGUCGACCUGAAAAGCAUCGAGGAAGCAUGCCCCGGAAAGAACAAGAAAAGAGUCCGCAUAGACUUCACUGCCCCCUUCAAGAGAGUCGACAUCCUCCAGGAACUCUCCAGAAAACUCGGAGAAGAAAUUUCCCCAGACGUCCUCGAGACUCCAGAAGGACAGAAACUCCUCGAUAGACUCUGCAGGGAGAAGGAGGUAAAGUGCAGCUCCCCAAGAACAGCCAGCAGACUCCUGGAUAAGCUCAUCGGGCACUUCCUGGAGAGUGAGUGCACUGAUCCGACUUUCCUCAUGAACCACCCGAAGAUCAUGUCCCCCCUCGCGAAGGAGCACAGAACCAGGAGAAAUCUCACGGAAAGAUUCGAACUUUUCAUCCUUGGAAAGGAAGUCUGCAAUGCAUAUACGGAGUUAAAUGAUCCCUUCGACCAGAGGAGGAGAUUCAACCAGCAGGCAAGCGAUAAAAGUGCAGGGGAUGAUGAAGCCCAGGAGAUUGACGAGGACUUUUGCACGGCCUUGGAGUACGGAAUGCCCCCUGCAGGAGGCUGGGGAAUAGGCAUAGAUCGUCUUGUCAUGAUGCUAGCAGGAGCCCAGAGCAUUCGAGACGUCAUUUUCUUCCCUACGAUGAAGCCCAGGGGGGAAGUGCCGAAGAAAUAA